GGGCGCGGCGUCCUCUGCGCGCGCGGUGAAGGGCUCCUUCCCCCGGGUUUUCAGUUUAUUUCUGGCGAAUUAGUGGUUUAUUUUUUUUCUCAGCUUUAUUGAAAGAUUUUAUUCGCAGGCUUUGCCUGGGAAGGAUUUAGCCAGACUGAAAAGUGACGAUGUGCGGUAGGAAAUCUGCCCCGCGUCCAAAAUAGGCAAGGAGAUGUCUGUUUCCAGGCCAUCAGUGACUGCUGCCCGUGUUGACUAAAUUAUACCCAAGUACUAAAACCUCUUGAAUUGACAAUGCCACUGAUGCUUUGUUGGUAUUUUUUUACAGGGGACACCGCAAAAGGAUAUUAUAAUAAAACCCGAUGCCCCAAACACAUUACUUUGGGAGAAACAUGCGGACUAUAUAGCUUCGUAUGGAACAAAGAAGGAUGAUUAUAACUAAAAUAAUGCACUACUUAGGAAUACUGUAUGUCGGAGUAUUUGAGGAUGAAUGGCAUUUACUGGGGGCUGACAGCAAUGGAUCUCAUGGGGCAGCUGCACCGAAUGAACAAAGAAGAAAUUCUGACGUUCAUCAAAUCAUGUCAACAUGAAUGUGGUGGGAUAAGUGCCAGCAUAGGUCAUGAUCCUCAUCUUCUGUAUACCCUCAGUGCUGUCCAGAUUCUUAUCUUAUACGAUAGUCUCCAUGUUGUUGAUGUAAAUAAAAUUGUUGAAUACAUACAGAACUUGCAAAAAGAAGACGGAUCAUUUGCUGGAGACAAAUGGGGAGAAAUAGAUACAAGAUUCUCCUUCUGUGCUGCAGCAACUCUUGCACUUCUGGGAAAGCUGGAUGCUAUUGAUGUGGGGAAAGCAGUACAAUUUGUUUUGUCCUGUAUGAACUUUGAUGGAGGAUUUGGUUGUAGACCAGGUUCCGAAUCACAUGCAGGACAGAUCUAUUGUUGCACAGGAUUUCUGGCUAUAACAGACCAGUUGCAUCAAAUAAAUGUUGACUUGCUGGGUUGGUGGCUUUGUGAACGGCAGUUACCUUCUGGAGGUCUCAACGGACGACCAGAGAAGUUACCUGAUGUAUGUUACUCAUGGUGGGUGCUAGCAUCUUUGAAGAUGAUUGGUAAAUUACAUUGGAUUGACAGAGAGAAACUGCGCUGCUUUAUUUUGGCUUGCCAAGAUGAGGAGACUGGAGGAUUUGCUGACAGACCAGGAGAUAUGGUGGAUCCAUUUCACACCUUAUUUGGAAUUGCUGGACUAUCUUUGCUGGGAGAAGAACAAAUUAAGGCUGUAAAUCCUGUCUUCUGUAUGCCAGAAGAUGUCCUUCAAAGAAUAAAUGUACAGCCUGAGCUUGUGAGCUAAACCUUGUAGAGACAAAAGGUUGAUAUGCCCAGUUGCUUUGGUUUUACUUAUUUAAGUCAUCUCAUCUCUGAAACUGUUAGCAUAUUCUUCGAGAUGUGUUUACAUUACAAAAGUAAAACAAUAGCUUUACUGUGGGCUUUGCCACUUUGUAAACUGUAUCAGAACAGGCUGGUUCUAAUAAUCUGAGUGUAACAUGUUCUUUGGUUGUAUAUAAGAGAUGUAAAAACAUUUCUAAUCAGUAUCUAAAUAUAUGGGCCUUUGCAUUUUUUUUUUUAAUAUUCACGUCAAAGCAAUAGUGUGAAUGCUUAAUUUUUUGUAGUCCUGUGAUAUCAACCAUGCUAGCAUCUGUCUUUACACAAGCAUGUUUUGAUGGUGGAUCAUACAAAGCACUUUAAAAGAAUAUGAAAAAAAACCAAACCCAAACAAAACCCUACUUAAGCCAUGCACUUAAUGCCACACACUUGGGUAUUUAAUUCUUCCUGCUCAUCUUUGCCAUUGCUUUUAUAUACUGAGAAACAAGCUGUUUCUUCUGAUGGCAGUUGAUGACAGUGAAAACAAAAAUUAUGGCUCCAUUAAAUAUAUAAAUGUCUUCAUUUAUUGACAAGUCCCUUAGACAAAAUUUCACUGAUAUUUGAAUUACGGCAUACUUAAGUAUGUAUAGUGAAACUUGCUAACAUUAAGCAUUCUAGAGAAGGUCUCUAUAGGACAGUGACUUGUAACUGAAUAUAGAGUUGAUCCUAAAUUUGUUGCUGGGUUGAAAUCAUGCUUUCAUAGCUUUUAAGACAAUAAUUGCCAACACUUGAUUAUGGUGUAAUUGAGAAUAAAACUAGCUGUGAAAAAUACUUGUUCUCUGAAGGAUGAAGCCCUCUUUGUCUUCACAGAAGCCCUAAAAUUGCCUCUUAAUUUACAUUCUACAUACCCUGGCUGAGACUGAAUGGUAUUCCAGUUGACAUAUACAGUGAAGGCAAUCAUUAAGGGGAGGAAGUCUUUGAUAAUCUUUGUACUUAUGCUUAGGGAAGGUCUAAAGUUGUUUCAAAUAUAAUUUUAAAAGCCAGCUGGCUAGUUUUAUCCAGCUUAUUUGUGUUAGUAGAGAGUAAGAACUGGACAAAGCAAUUUUUUGGUAGACUUUUACUUGUAGAAAAUUUCAAAGACAGAAUGUGUAUUUGAAUGCUCAGAUAUUUCCAACUAACUUUUUAAGCCUUCUCUACAGGCUUUCAGUUAAGGUAAAAACCUUACUCUUUUUAGCUGUCCAGUUGCCUGAUGAAUUCUUUGGUCAAGGCCUGGAAUUAAUUUAUUUUCCAAGGUUUGGAAAAAAGUUACAGUAGGCUUUGUGUUGAGUGCAAGUGAAUGAGAGCACUGAUCAGGUUUUAUCUAACUGUAAAGUUUAACAGAAUUUUAAAAUAAAUUUUUCUCAGUCCAGGUUACAUUCACAAGUGCCACUUCGUUUCAUCUAAGGAAACACUGUUCAGUACAUAGGAAUUUGCCUCUUUUUCCAUGUGUAUAGACAAAAUGGAAUUCUCUUCAGAAUUUCUAGUCUAGUAUAGACUGAGACACCCUGGGAAUUAAUAUGCGUGUGAUGCUGCAUGACAGAGUAGAACAUUUCACUGUAGGUUGAAAUCCUAUUAAUGUUGGAGUUUUUCUCUGAAGAAGAUCUGGUCAACUUAAUUUCCUAAGUUGUCUGUGACUUGUAAAGAUCUUACAAGAUUAUAGGUUAAAAAGGGGUGAGUAUGUGCACAAACUAAAAACUUAUUAAGAAUAUUCUUCCAUGCUUUACAUCAGUUUUUUUAAAAUAUUGUAUUUGUAGAAAGAGAGUCAUCAUAAUUUUUCUUAUGUGAACAGAAUCACAUUUUCUGUUAAAUGUAUUAUGAAAAAAAAUUAGUUGCCCAGUGUGUCUCUGUCAAGACUAUGUCAUUUUGGUGCAGAAUGCAUUGUUACAGUCUACCUCUAUUUUGUUAAAAGUACUGGUAAUUUUUUUUUUCUCAGCUUCUGUAGUUAGAAACUUUGCAGUAAUUAAUCUACUAUUCUCAGUCUUCAGUUACAGAUCCUUUAUUAAAGGCUUUCAGAAAUUUGUACUUUCAUUAACUUUUUUUCCCAUGGAAAUCUUUAUAUGGAAAGAUCCUGACAUUAUCUUAGUACUUGAUCUUAAGUACUGUAGUGUAGCUAACAUUCCCAGCAAUAAAUUUUGCAAGAUGUUGUAUGAGAAUUUGCGGAAGAAUAAUGAAUAAUUCAGGUACAUAAACUUCAGUGUCUGUAGAUAUGUUUAUUAAAAGAAAAUCUGUGUGUGGAAAUCAACAGCUGUUCUGUUAUCUUCUAAGAACACAGUCAAGUCCAGAGGAAUGUGCUUCAUUCCAAAGAUGAUACUUUUGUUGAGACACCGUGGUUAAGCAAAUUCAGCCUUAUGAUUUGUGACCAUAAGGAAGGAAGGUGAACAUGGACGUUCCUUUUGUUUCUGCAUACACUUGGAUUUCUGUCAGAGGAGAGAAGGUCUGACAACAGCUUCGGGAGUCCGAAUGCGUAUGGAAAGUUCAGUGUAGGACUUGAAAUUCAGGACAGCGGCAAUAACUGGAAUUGGCACCUGCUGUCUUCUGUCCUUUGCUCUGCAGUGAAACUGAAAUUUCAGAUGCUCAGAUUUUUAAAGUUGUCUGACUGAUGAUGCUGAGGGCUGAGAGACCACGUGCCUGUGCUCAACUAGGAGGCUGGGGGCAAUGCCUUUCAGAUAAUCAGCUGAGGAGCUGCAACUGCUAGGAUUUCCAUUGUGAAGCUGAAUAGCCAUCAAAAUACACCUGUCCUCAAAAAGUUGCGGCCUAGUAGAGGCUGGCUGUAUUUGGAAGUGUUUUUUGAUGCAGGCAUGUUAAGUUCCAGAGACAAAAUGUUGACUAGUCAAAAUGUUAGUUGAAACCACUUUAGUGGGGUAAUAUAUUAUGUGCUAAUAUACAAAGCUGUAUUACAGUGUUCUAAAAUGUCCAUGGAAGCGCAUAUGUCUUAAAUGACAAUUCUAGAUGUAAACAAGCUUUAUGGUUUUUAUUAGGAUCUUUUGAUAUCUAAACUCUUAAGCAGGGGGAAAAUAUUUGUGAAGCUCCUGCUAAAACAGUCUCUGAAUGUUGAAGAAUGAACAUGGGACAAAUUAUGUUUAAAUGCUUUACUCCUGUUU